CCGUGCCCGCGCCCCGAGAACGCGCAUCAAAUUAGCAUCGAUGAAGUUUGUGCGAACAUGGCGGAUUUCCUGCCGACCAGGUCCGUGUUAAAAGUUUGUCUACCCGUUUGCCUGCUUAACAGCGGCGAGGUGGAACAGCUUCGAAAGUCUAAAGAGAUCGACAGAUGUCUCUCCCGGGAGAAAACGUACGUGAAACGGCUGGUGAAGAUCCUGCUGCUGGGCGCUGGCGAGAGCGGCAAGUCGACUUUCCUCAAACAAAUGCGGAUCAUCCACGGCCAGGACUUCGACCAGCAAGCCCGAGUGGAGUUUAGAGCCACGAUUUACAGCAACGUUAUCAAAGGUAUCCGUGUGCUGGUGGACGCCCGGGAGAAGCUGCACAUCCAGUGGGGCGACCCCAGCAACCAGCAGCACGGGGAGAGCCUGAUGGCCUUCGACACCCGGUCGGCCAAGAUAGCCAGCGGACAGCUGGAGACGUCUGUCUUUCUGCGGUACCUGCCCGCCAUUAAAGCUCUGUGGGCGGACUCGGGAAUACAGAACGCCUACGAUCGUCGCAGGGAAUUUCAGCUGGGUGAGUCAGUGAAGUAUUUCUUGGAUAAUCUGGAUAAGCUCAGCGAGACGGACUACCUUCCCAGCCAACACGACAUCCUGCUGGCUCGUAAACCCACCAAGGGCAUCCACGAGUAUGACUUUGAGAUUAAGAACGUUCCCUUCAAGAUGGUGGACGUGGGCGGACAGCGGUCAGAGCGGAGGCGCUGGUUCGAGUGCUUCGACUCGGUCACCUCCAUCCUCUUCCUCGUCUCCUCCUCCGAAUAUGACCAGGUGCUGAUGGAGGACCGGACGACCAACCGGCUUCGCGAAUCCCUCAACAUCUUCGAGACCAUCGUCAACAACCGCGUCUUUGUCAACGUCUCCAUCAUCCUCUUCCUCAACAAGAUGGACCUGCUGGAGGAGAAGGUGAAGAGCGUGCCGCUCAAGGACUACUUCCCCGACUACACCGGGCCCGAGCACAGCCUGCCGGACGUCAAGGCCUUCAUGGUGGAUUGCUUCCGGGCCAAGAGGCGCGACAGCACGCAGAAGCCCCUCUACCACCACUUCACCACGGCCAUCAACACCGAGAACAUCCGGCUGGUGUUCCGCGACGUCAAGGACACCAUCCUGCACGACAACCUCAAGCAGCUCAUGCUCCAAUGACCCCCCCCCCCCCCCCCCCCCCCCCCGGCAGCCUGUGGAAGUAGAGGACCUGAAUGGGGACAAACCACCCCCUUGCGCCCGAAGAGGACUUGGGAGAGACCAGCCUCUGAAGAAUCAGAUAGACAUCAGCCUUUCUUCAGGCAUUUUUAUGUUAGUUUUUACCCUCCUCCUUCAAGAGUUGGCCCUCUUUGUUAGUCCGGGAUCUGAUUGGGGGAACGAGUCGCUGCGCGGACUGCGGGUAGUAUAGAAAGACGAGAAUCUGGUUUGGAUGUAGGAUAACAUCUGACCCCUGCCGCUCGGUGCUCUGUCCCGAGCUUUGCCUCGCAGGGUGCCGGUGCUGGUGGAAGUGAGCGGGGCGUCCAGACCAGGCGACUCGCAACAGUCCCAGGAACCGAGUCCUGCUUACAUGACGCGUAAAGAGGUUUUGAACUAAGUCGUUUGGCCAGUUCGUGCGCGAGCACCUAAUUCAAGCAUUCCAAAUUCCCUCCAUUACUCCCGCGCUGCUCCGACCCGGCCGUAGUCUCCACAGGACGCUUCAUGAGGUUUCUGUUGUUCUAGACGCAGCGCCUUGCACAGCUGUCGCUCACCACUUAGUCUCGGUUCAACGUAAGCUCCCAGGGUCCAGCACAAAGCGCCGCAUUUUGCCCAGACAGGGUCGAGCUGCCGGGCCCUCUGACCGGCGGUGAGAGUCAGUAACGAGCUCCAGCACCGGCACCUCGUUGGUGGAAACUGCUAGAAGAGGGCACAACCACGAGACUGAACCUUUCUGUGUCAUUUCUAAAGCAGUAAUCACUGUUUAAACAUUACUUCAGACGUACAGCCAAUCUUGGCCUCUUUGUUAAGAUGAUUAAGAUGCGAGUUUCCAUAUUUGUUGUCCUUAAUUUUGGUAGUUGAGAGGACAAAAGGAUUUUGUGUUGCGGCGCAUUCGCCACACGUUGCCAGUAAGUGAGCAUGCAGUCCACUAUUUUCUCAGGGUUGAAUCAAAACAGGUUCUGAAUCUUCUGUUGCUGUCAGUGAGCUAAACGAGAGAUCAAAUAGAGGUGGCAGUGGUCUGACCCGGUCAGGACCCGUCAGCGUGACCUGCGAGGCAUUCAGUACUGCGUCCCGCCCCCCCGACGCUGACCCAGAGCCCCCCUCUGUCUGUCUGAUCUCAUCUCUGAUUAGAUGCCUUGUAAAGGGACGAGCCUCCCGUCUUCGCCUGAAUCGUGAAUGUUUGUUAAUAAUUGUACAGAGAUUUGCUCUUGAUUGUUUGAAAAUACUGUAACCACACCGUUUUGGUCACUUAUAACCCAUCAUGUGAGAAUAUCUGUGUUGGCACUGAAUUGUGACUCCAACCAUGUUUGAGAAAGCAUCGAACAUUUCCUCUUUGUUUUUUUUUUGUUUUUUUGUUUUAUUUUUACACACAAUCCUGUACUGUUUUGGAUUUCCCUCUAAAAAUGCAUUGUGAUUUUUGUAGAAGAAAUGUGACAAAAACAGCUACUGGAGUUCCAAACUUUUGUCGUGACUGUACUCUGUAGAGGGCCAAUCUUUGUUAGAGGACCAUUUCCAGGCACUGUUAAAAUCUCUGCUUCUCUGCCAAAUCAUCCUGUGCUUUCUUAGGACUGUUAACAUCAACAGUGCUUUUUUUUUUUUUUCCUCCAAAAACGAAGCUCUUGAGAGCCUCAGUUUGCCUUCAGUCCUGGCUGUAAAUACUGUAAUCUGUUGCCAUGUAAAUAAUAUUCAGGUUUAUCUCCUUAUAUGUAAAUGGUUGUAGAAAUGGCCUCUUCUUUCCAUUCUGGAUGUUUGUUUUUUUUCCUGAUUACUGCUUCUCCAAUGAAGAUCCCCUUUUGAUGUAGAUGGUAUUUUGUGUAAUUACUUCACCACUUUUUGAAAUUAAUUCUCAUGCCACUCUAACCCUCAAUAAAGUACAAUUUUCUAAUGAGAUAAAGCCUCUCUUUAUUGUAUUUAUGAAAACAAUAAAAAAUCAAUCAAUGAUAUGAUAAAGGCAAAAAGUCACAGGGUGGUUUUAAGAUGGACUCCAAAAAACAUCCUCACAUUUCUGUGCCCAUGGACCACUUGUUCCAUCUUCUGAUCGAGGUGAUUCUUAUCUGUUUGUCAGACAUUCU